CGUAUUGUUAUCAUGUGGUUUAUGGUUACCCGACUACCGCGGGCUUUGUCUCGUUAAGUCAACCCUAAUCGGGCAUAAUGUCUUUCAUUUGUCUCAUUGAAGGGGGAGGGGAGUGAAAGUAUAGAGGAAGAGAGGGGGAUUUAACAUUCACAAAAAAGGCGACACCAACAGAGAAUGCGAGAUGGAGAAAAACGACAGAGGUGAGGAAGAGGAGGAAGAACAGAGGCGGGAAAGGGGGGAGGCAGGUCGUUUGUAUAGUUUAUGCCCCACAGGAAAGAAGUUCCGGAGCAAGCCUCAAUUGGCUCGUUCCCUUGGCAACUCCAUGGAUCUCAGCUCUUUUGAUUUCCGUACUGGGAAGAUGCUCAUGAGCAAACUGAAUAAGAACAGACAGAGACCCAGAUACGACAACAACAGCCAGUCAAAGGGUAAACCCGACUUAAAUACAUCCCUCCCAGUACGACAGACGGCCUCCAUCUUCAAACAACCCGUUACAAAAGUUACCAACCAUCCCAGCAAUAAAGUUAAAACAGACCCACAAAAGGCUAUUGACCAGCCCCGACAGCUCUUUUGGGAGAAGAAGUUGAGUGGCCUCAAUGCCUUUGACAUAGCAGAAGAGUUGGUCAAAACAAUGGAUCUCCCCAAAGGCUUACAAGGAGUGGGCCCUGGGUGCACAGAUAAGACCCUGCUGUCAGCGAUUGCCAGUGCGCUUCACACCAGCGCAGCUCCCAUCACCGGUCAACUAUCCGCCGCUGUGGAGAAAAACCCAGGCGUUUGGCUCAACACAGCUCAGCCUCUUUGUAAGGCCUUCAUUGUCACAGAUGAGGAUAUCAGAAAGCAAGAGGAGCUGGUAUACAGUGUUCGGAAACGGCUGGAGGAGGCUUUGAUGGCUGACAUGUUGGCUCACGUGGAGGAAACGGCUAGUGAGGGAGAAGCACUCAAACAGGAGGGGAAUUGCACUGAUGAGAAACAGGAAGUAUAGCACAGGUAUUUAGAUGUGUCUGACUGACCUGUUCAAGAGUUUCCCCCAACACAACCAGAUGUUCUGCUGAUCAACAAAACACAUUUUCAUCUCCCAGAUUAGCAGAAUAUUCAUGUACUCCCAUCAGUUGGGAUCUCAUAGAGACUGUUGGCUCCAUCUUUAGGCAAUCUUUUUGUUUUAUCAUUAUUGUUCUUUUUUAAUAUUUUGAAUGUUUUCUAAAAAAACAAAAAACAAAUUGUUGUAAAGUUCAGCAGUUGAACUGCCUUCUGCAUAAAAUGUUUUGACUUUUUUUGUUUGUUCGUUUUUUAUUUUACAUUUAUCGAGGAAAUUUGACAAUCGGGUCAAAAAUACAGUCCUCCAGAACUCGUGGGUGCUAAAAUUUGUCACGGCCAACCUAAACUGAUCUGUUGUGACUAAAAUGUUUAAAACUCUUUUUUAAAAAAGGAAAGUUAAAGGUUUCAUUUUAAAUAUUGACUUUUAGUACACUAAAAAUGACAGAAUUUAGAUAAAAUAUGGACAAUCUCAACCCUUAGGUUAUGGUUGGGGGUAAAAAAAAAGUUUGUAAAAAAAAAAAAUAAUAAUUACCCAGAAGUUGUUUUAGUUUAUAUUUUACCAAAAUUCUUGUGUUGGGAAAAAACUGCAUUAGUGUAAUAAAUUCACCAUAAUUUACCCUUUAAUUCAAGAAAGGUGAAAAUCAGUAUUAAUACAUUCAGAAUAGUUUUGUGUUUUUCUCAAUGCCAGUGUUUAACUGGGAAACUUGAGGUGUUGGUGAACAUUAAUAGUUACAAAGUCAGGUUUUGUUUUCGACUCAUGUCUGGUGCUUGUUAAAACUACCUGACUUUUCUUUUUGUUUAUAAGCUAUUCAUACUUGACAUUGAAUAAUAUUUCCACAGUCUGAACCUGAAAUCAAAAAUGUGAAUGAUGAUUCAUACAAUGUGACACGUGAUUCAUUCAAGGUGAUUCAUGCUUCGAUAACUUAACUAAACAUGUUGCUGGGCGAAAAAUGUUUUUAUCUGUUUUGUUCAUUACCCACUUCUGCACAAUCACAACCAUGUUUGUUCUCCACAUUUCUCAAAAUAAAAUGUUCAUGAGUUAA